UUCUCACCCAAAGUGAUUGCAUUGCUUCAGAAGACAUGGAUUACUUUUAUGCUGCCUUUAUGUGAUUUUUGGUGCUUGAAAGAUCUGGUCACCAUCCACUUGCAUUGUAUGGACCUACAGAGCUGAAAUAUUCUUCUAAAAAUCUUUGUGUUCAGGAGAAGAAAGAAAGUCAUACACGUCUGGGAUGGCAUGAGGAUGAGUAAAUGAUGAAAGAAUUUUCAUUUUGGGUGAACUAUUCCUUUAAACUGUUUGAAGAUCUCAUAUUAUUUCAUUAUGACUUUACAUUUGUAACAAUAACUGUAGUAACGAAUGGCAUUUUGGCAGCAAAUUUGGUUAACAUUUUAAAUUUUGUAAGGGUUUUCUGUUUCAUUUUCUUUGUUCGAUAGUUGCUGGUCGUGUAAUUUCCUCUAAUCCAAUUAACGUUCGAGGAGGAUGUCUAGGAUUUUUGUUUAAUCUGUUUAUUUUAGUGUGAGCGUGUAACAAGAGGCUGAGCGCACGCGUGCUUGCGCGCGUAUUUAAUUGACUGUGAUGAAAGCGGCUGGCGUGAACCUGCACGCGCUCUGCUGGCAGAAUCAGAAGAUGUUAAACAAGCUUACCGGGCGGCACAACCGCUCAUCUUAAACAUUUAUAACGACUUCGGCUACUUUAUUCCGAUAGAACAAAAUACAGAAUAAGAAUCUGUCCAGCCAUCUGUUCUGGCAAGAGAAGAGAAGAGUGUGGAAAAAAAGAGAAAGGAACAUAUCUUGGUACUAAUUGGCUUGGAUGGUCAUGGGGCAUAUGGUGGCCUACAACUGAUAUGACUUUUGAAUCUGCACAUUUCAAGAUGUCGGAAACAGGAGAAUCUCAAAAUCUUCCAGAAUGCACUAAGAAAGAUGAGAUGCCACCUCCAUGUUGUACCAUGGAAUCUGAGGACUGUCAUAACAACAGCCAGCCAAACUCAGAUGGUAACCAUGGAGAACUUAAAAAGAAUUUGAAGGCCAAAGGGAAAUUAGUGCGGAGUACAGCAGUAUGUGAUGAAUCACUACCCACUGAGGAGAACAGCAAGGAAAAAGACAGCAAGAAAACUAUAUCUAGUAACCAUGGAGACAGCCCUGAGUGUGAUGAGGAGGAAGAGGGGAAGAGCAAAGGGGGCACCACAACCAAAAAGCCAAGUUUAUCCAAAGAGCCUAGUCUGGAGUACACAGACUCCACAGGCAUUGAUCUGGAGGAAUUUCUAAUCACUACUUUGAAGAGCAGUCCCAGGGAUAGACUGAUGCUCCUUAAACUCGAGCAGGAUAUGACUGACUUUAUGACAGACAACAGCUCCUAUAAGAAAUUCUCUCAGAUGUCGUCAUACCACAGGAUGCUGGUUCACAGGGUUGCAGCUUAUUUUGGUCUGGAACACAAUGUGGAUCACAGUGGAAAAGCUGUUAUCAUCAACAAAACCAGCAAUUCUAGGAUACCAGAACAUCGGUUUGCUGAACAUGUUCAAGAAGAGAAGACAGAGGAAAGAAGAUUAAUAUUGAAGAGGAACACCAGUCAGGACAAAGAAGAUGGUCAGAGGCUCAGAGUUCCAUCACUCAAAGAACAGAUGAGGAGCAAGUCAAUAGAGGAGAGAGAGGAGGAGUACCAUAGAGUCAGAGACUGUAUAUUCUCUCAGGAUUCCACUUGUGUUUCACAGAGUGUUUACAUUGAGACCAGAGGCCUUGAAGAUGGUAAUAUUCUCAAUGAGACCCAGAAAAGACGACAGCUAUUUAGGGGUAACUGGGGCAGUUCUGGUCAGCUGUCUGGCAGCAGGCAGAGCAGCUUUGAGCUGGACUCUCAUUGGAAUGACCCUCAACCUUGGAGUAGCACAGAUUCUGACAGCCCGACGUGGACCUCUAAAUCUACACACAGCAGCUCCAAACUCUGCAUACCAGUGUCCGAGUCAGCCCUGUCCUAUGCUCCACCCAGUAACAGCCCAGCUUACAUCUUUGUGCCUGCAGAGUCAUCGAUACCUCCUGGGAGUAUCUUAUUGAACCCACAUACAGGGCAGCCAUUUCUGAAUCCUGAUGGAACUCCAGCAGUUUACAACCCACCAGUCAGUCAGAAGCCAAUCAGUAACCAGCUUAACACAGUGCAACAUCAAGCCCCACCCCCUCCACCUCAGCAGCAGCCAGUAGCAAGCCAUGGAGUCCCACAGGUUCAAUACUCCUCAGUGACUUAUCUUCCAUCUCAGCAGUCAAACGUUUCUACCUCUCAGCAACACCCAAUAGAACAGACUAGGGAAGAUCUCACCUCCAAGUUUGCUCACAUGACCAUGAGCCCCCAAUCAUCGGGGGAUCUUCCUGAUAUGCCCUCUUAUUACAUGCAAGGUGCUCCGCCCACACACAGCUAUGCCCCACCUCACCACAGCUACGCUCCCUCUCACCAUUCAGACAGUUACGUGAGUCCUGGAAUGACACUGGCUCCUCCCACUGCCCCGCCCCCUCAUACCCAUAGUCAGCAGAGCAAUCAGGUUUCAGUGUACAGUUACCCUGUUCAGUGUCCUGGUGCAUCCCAACAAUAUGGAGCAGCCAGUUAUAGCACACAAACAGGAUACCCAACUGUCAUAUCUAACCAACAAGGUUGUCCAGGCAUGAUGGGAAGUCCGAUUCUAUCCCAAACACAGCAAGGCAUUAUGGGAUCUUAUCCAUCUGUUCCCUCCUAUCAGGUACCACAACAACAACAACAACAACAGUCUUAUCCAUCUACAAUGCUGGGGCAAGGUGGGCAGACGCAGUGUUUUGUGCCCCCUGCCGGAGUUCAAGUGUACUGCAACUCAUUGCCCCCUUCUCCUCCACCACCACUUAGUAUGCUGGGAGUCUCCUUCCAGUCAAGUGGCUGCAAAAAUGGCUGUAACAUUAAUCAGAACCAGUUCUGGUACUAAAAAAAACUGUAUUCACACAAUCACACCUACAGCUCAACUGUGAAAGCCAAACAGACCCAGUGUUAAAACAAGCUCCUUUGCAUUCAGUAUUUACUGUAUAGCUACAACCCCAAUUCUGAAAAAGUUGGGACAGUAUGAAAAAUGCUAAUAAAAACAAAAAGUGAUUUGCAAAUUAUAUUCACCCUUUACUAUAUUGAAAGCAAUACAAAUACACCU